AUGAGUGAAAUUUCAGUAGAAGAUGAAAUUGAUUGUUCUACUUUUGUGCAAAAUAUUGAGGAACCUAAGAAAAAUUUUAUUUCAGAAAAAUCAAUUGAAUUCGUUCAUAUUGUUAAAAACAAAGGUUCUGAUGUUUUGAAUGUAAAGGCUGGACCUAGUGGCAGAAAAGAAGUUUCCAGUGAAACAUCUUCCGUACAACAAGAAACGCCAGUUAGAAAAGAAAAACCAAAAGCUAACAUUCACAACUCAGCUGAAGAGUUGAUUGCUAAGAAAAUAAUGUUGAACAGUAGAUAUAGGAAGAAUUUAAAAGAAAGAAAGUGUUUUUGGAAAAAUAAGAAUUCGGAUCAAAAUUUUAUUAAUUCAGAAAGAGUUUACAAUCAAAAUACAAAUUCUUCUCCACUUCCGAAAUCACAAUCGAAACCUUUUUUAAAACCUCAUAUUUCCACACCACAAAUUUCAAAAUCAAAGGGUUCAAAACCAAUUGAAAAUCCAAAAACAAGUUUUUCUCCUAAAAAUCAAUCUUCAAAACCUAACAUCAUGUCAAAAGAUGUUAAGGUAAAAGGAAAAGUUAUUUCGGAACCAGAGAUAACUCUCGAGGAAUACAAUGCAAAUUUGAAAAAGGAGGAAAAUGCAUUUUUGAAAAAUAUGGCAAAGUCACACAAAGAAUUCAUUCCACGAAAAACAAUUCCUAUUGAAAUAAAUCUUUGUGAUCACAAAGUGGAAGUUUUCAAAAUAGAAAAAGGGAAGAAUUAUGUUAUGCGUGAUGAACAAUACUAUUCAGAAUGGUAUAUCGACAAUGGUUGUUUUCGUCACAUGACUGGGAGAAGAGAAGAAUUAAGAGAGUUUAGAUCAUUAUCGGAUGGUGGUAAAUUAAAGUUUGGAAAUAAUGCUACUAGUGAAAUUAAAGGAUACAGAAUGAUUACGAAUGACGAAUUUGCCAUUUGGAAGGUAGCAUGCGUUGAGGGACUUCAACACAAUCUGAUAAGUGUUUUGUAUUUGGUUGUUGAUACAAGAUUAAAGUUAUUGUUCGAUGAUGAAAGUUCAGAGAUUAUUGAAAAGAAAACUAAAGCAGUGCUUUUGAAAUCUAAAAGAAAGGCAGAGAUGUAUCCAUUGAACUUGAAUCCGAUUAAUGGGAAACCAUCCAUUUACUUGCUUACAAAAGCAUCUUCAGAUGAUACUUGGCUCUGGCAUAGAACGCUUUCCCAUCAGAACUUCAAGGAUAUUAACAAGCUAGUGAUUGGCGAUUUGGUUCAUGGUCUACCUCUUCUAAAAUUCGAGAAAGAACAUUUGUGA